CAAAGAACACGCAAGUUCAGUCUUUUCCAGUUCAUACCCACACACAAAUUUAUACGUACAUCAAGCCAAGGAAAGGAAAAAGGAAGACAAAAAUGGUGUCCAUAAGGUUUUUUUGCUAUCUUUUAAUAUUUUUCGUUUUGCAACUACACGCUAAGGUCUCCAAUGCAUACAUUAAUCGCCAAGGUAUAUAUCUACAUACGCGUCUAUAUACAUUACUUUAUUUCUAUGUAUGUUUCGGCGGCGUUAGUGUAUAAACGUAUGCUUAUCAAAAUUUCUCUAUAUAUAGCUCUACAAACGGAAAGCACUAGUAUUCAAAUUGCCAACAAGCUUGCUGAAGAUGAAGUUGAAAACCGAAAAACGUUGAAGCAUGUAAAUGUGAAGGUAGAGGCAAAUGAGAAGAAUGGUUUAGAGAUAGAGAGUAAAGAAACGGUGAGGAAAAGAAAAAGCAAGAAGACUCUCACCAAAACGGCGAGUUUAACGGCCGAUUAUAGCAACCCUGGUCAUCAUCCUCCUAGGCAUAAUUAAAAGGAUUAUUUAUAUAUACACUUUUCUUACAUGAAAGAAGAGCCUAUCUUUCAUAAAGAGGCUUCAAUUUUGGUGCAUCAUCAGCAACUAUACUUUAAAGUUUAAACACAUAUUGUUUACAUGUAUCUACUGAUCAUGGUACGCGGAAUAUGGUCUUUUGAGUUAUACAUUUGUAUGUA